CUUCUGCAAGGCGGCCGGAGAAGCGGGGACCCCCUCCCCUCCCCGCGUCCCCCCCACUCGCUCCCCCCUCUGAAACUUUGCUAACACUUCCGCGCUGGCUCCUCCUACCCGGGUGCCCAAAUGAUGGCCCUGCCUGUGCGUCUUUAAGGCUGGAGCGCCCGGGCGGACUUGGCUAGGACUGAACGGGCUCACCGGCGGCCAGAGGCAAGGAAGACCCGACGGGACGCCCCCUCCCCAAGCCGCGCCGGGCGAGGCCAGGCAGGGGGAUGGGCCGCGGGGGCCCUUGUGCGGCGCCGCUCUACUCUUAGGCCCGGAUCCAGCGGGCAGCGGGGCGGGGGGGGGGAGAGAAGAGGAGCUUCCGCGCUCAAAGCUGGAGGGGGCGGCUCAGAGCGGCUGGCGCGCAGAGAAAACAACGCCGGGGGACCUGCAGCAGCAGCAGCACCAUGACCCCAAGGGGGUGCUGAGCCCCAUCCCUGCUCCAGGAGAAGCUGGGGGGCUCCCUCCCACUCCCUCCCGCCUCCCUCCCGCGGGCCAUGACCUCCGCUAAGGAAGGGAAGGCGGCCCCCGCGCUGCCUCAGCCGGCCACCGAGGAGCGGCGCCGGAGCCCGCUGGACCAGCUGCCGCCGCCCGCCAACUCCAACAAGCCGCUGACCCCCUUCAGCAUCGAGGACAUCCUCAGCAAGCCCUCGGCGCGCAAAGCCCCCGCCGCCCGCCUGCUGGACAAGGUCGCCGGCUCGGCCGGACCUCCCCGCAACGGCGUGCCCGCGCCCGCCUCUCCGCUCUGCGCCCUCGAAGAGCUGGCCAGCAAGACCUUCAAGGGGCUCGAGGUGAACGUGCUUCAGGCGGCCGAAGGCCGGGACCCGCUGGGCGCCUUCGGGCCGCGGCAGCAGUCGAAGAAGCGUCGGAAGUCGCGCACGGCCUUCACCAACCACCAGAUCUACGAGCUGGAGAAGCGCUUCCUCUACCAGAAGUACCUGUCGCCCGCCGACCGGGACCACAUCGCGGCGCAGCUGGGCCUCAGCAACGCGCAGGUCAUCACCUGGUUCCAGAACCGGCGCGCCAAGCUGAAGCGGGACUUGGAGGAGAUGAAGGCCGACGUCGAGUCGCUCAAGAAGCUGCCCCCGGCCGCCCUGGAGAAGCUGGCCAGCAUGCCCGAGCUGGAGCCCCAGCCCCAGCCUGCCCGGGCCCGCGGGGGCAGCCUGCCCCGCGCCUCGCCCCCGUCUUCGCCCGGCGCCUCGCUCCGCGCCACGGACCCCUUCUCCGACGGCGAGGACGACGACGACGAGGGCGAGGAGGAGGACGAGGAGAUCGACGUGGGGGACUGAGAGCCUCGCGCGGGGCCAGCCCGCUCCCCCAGCAUCGAACCAAGGGACCGGGGUUGAACCAUUGGACCCCGUACCUCCCUCUCUUUCUCCCGCCUCACCGCCAGCAAAGGGGCUUGAGACGGCGCCCCAGCCCAAGAACAGAGAGGCCCCACUUUCGACGUCCUGCACCCCAAUGCCCUGACCCCCCAGGACUCCAUUCACCCCGCUUUCCCUCCAUCUUUAUCCGCCCUCCCCGUCCAUUCACCCCUUGCCCCGUCCCCGCCCUGCAUGUCGUCCAUGCGUUGCCCGACACAUCCCUGCCUGCACCUCAGACCCGCCCCCCCCCGUUAUUCUGGCCCCAGCUGACCCCACCCCGUCCUCCUUCUUCGGUCACUGGCGUGGGAGAUUUGGUGCAAUUUCUUUUUCUAAAAAAUCAAUUAAUUUUAUUAUUAUCAUUA